UAUCAUAUAUUAAGUCAAGAAUCAAUAGAGACCCAAGACGACCACUCAAGGGGCCACACUACACGAUUGAUCUAAGCAAAAUGCUCACAAAAUGUCAAUGCCAUAAUACAGGGACACAUAUCAUUGUACCUACUAGUGAAGUCAUGUCUCUUUGGACCUACUCAAAAAACAAUCAACACUAUCUAGCCAAUGCCUCCAAAGAAAUAAUAGAACAGCUGCAAGUGCACCCUGAAGCUAACGCCACCCUCACCAUUAUGAUCAACAAUAAUCUAUCUGGCAAGAAUACCAUCCAGUUAAAUGUGAAUAUG